GGGUAUCGCCAAGUGGAAUCCUUCGGUCCCAACGAAGAGUAUUCAUCAGACGACGAAGAAUUCUAUGUCACGCUUGAUCUUGGUACUGUUGAGCCAACUCUACUUCCAAGCAGCUCAACCUAUAGGCUUGUAGGCCUGGAUACGCCUACGCCAUUUCUGCAGCUUUCUGGCUCCUUCUUCAGGGGUCGGCACGAUACACUCCUUGGUUCGGAGCUCUUGUUCACGGAAGGAAAAAAUGAUUCCGAAAGACACACGCGAGCUUUAACGCACGUCGGCGUCACUGAACGACGUAUCCGGUUCAAGGAGGUGCAGCUACGGCCGAAG